CACAUUUUAGAAUUCUAUCACCAUAAGCAUGUUUUGAUAAUAAGUGAGGUUAAAGUAACCUUUAAUUUAUUUAAUUUAUUUAUUGACCAUAUUUUUCAUGUAUCAAACUCGCAGGCGAUUAUUAGACUCUAAUACUAAAGACUGAUACUGUAGGUAAACAUGAAAUCUGUAUUGGAACUUCUUGUUUUUCAACUUUUCAAUUUUAUCUCCAUGGAACGUAUUACAAAUAUACAGCUGCAAGAUGUAGAUUGCAGAAAAAUGGGUUUCACUCGAGUUGGAAUUUCCAUGGCACAAUAUAAGGAUUGUGUAUUUGUCGUGUGUGAUCCAUUAAAUCCAGAUCCGCGUAGGAAAAAGUACAGUAUGGAAUGCCGAGAGACAGAACAGGUUAACAACGUGAAUUUAAAGUCCAACAACAUAUUCUACCCUUACGCAUGUGCACGAAGAAGGAUGUAUCCCCGCGACUGUAUUGCACUACAUUGGAGCAAGAUUUGUAAGAUUAGGGAGACAACGCGCAUUAACUGUGGACCCACUUUCAAAGAUCUAAAAGGCUUGGGGAAUCGGUUGUAUACACCGGAAGAUCCAAACGAUUUGCUGCCCCUUCCUCCAAACCAGGAAGACGACGUAAUAGUUCCUGCAGGAUUUGACUUUCCUGGAAAGUUACCACCAGUUUCACUCUCCGAAUCAGAGACACCAGCUAUACCGCCAAGACGACGGAGGCCACAAUCCCCACUUUAUGAUUCAGCUCCUAGACAAGACGUUAAGGUUAAGGAUACGCCAUUACAACAGGACCAAGUUUUUGGUGACCCUCAUAUAGCUCAAAUGGUCAUUGGUGGUACUCACACAAUAUGUUAUGAUGUCAAGGGUGAGGCAUUAGCAACAUAUAGACUGUUAACAGAAUCUGCUUCUUCGGCAGAGCUUGAUAUCAAGUUAGGAAGUUAUGGAAGGGGAAAGGCGAAUCUUGUCAAAUCUGUAGCCAUACGGACUAACUCCAGUGAUAUAGACGUUGGUCUAGACAGUGUGAAACGCGGCCACUUGGUGUACAAAUCUAACAGAAUGUCUGUUAAAACUGAUGUGUCAAUCUUAACAAGUAAAGAUGAGAAGGUCAUAACUGUCCAAAUUGGAAAAUCUAAAGUAGAAUUGGUGGGGAAGCGAACGCAUAUACUGUUGAAAAUCACAGAGCUACAUAAUAUCGAUGGAGUGGCUGGGGGAAUAAUGGGUGAUGUAAUGCAUUCAGUUGUCUCAAUAACAGAUGGCAUGCUGAAACUUCGGAAUGGGAAGACCCUUAAUGUUGCUCUGAAGAAAAGAUUCGUUCACGGCAAUGGAGAAGCCAAUGAUGUCACUUUUUCUUGCUGGAAUGUAAACGGCGAUAUCAUUGACAUAAAUAAAUAUAAAGUCUGAAGGCAGUACAUUUCUGCACAUUGCUAUUAAGAAAUUGUUUUGACUGUGUAGAGUUAAAACGUACAUUAUGUAGAUCUGAUCAAAAUAAUACAAUUAUUAGUAUUGCCUGUAAAGUUAAAACGUGUAUUGUUUAGAUCUGAUCAUAAUAAUACAUUAACUAUUAUUUUCGUAACAAGUGGUAAGGUCUUACUAUAAUUAUGUGAAAUGAAAAUUUUAGUAAUCAGUUAGUAUAUACGAUCACAAUAUAAUUAAAUGUAAAUGUUACUUCAAAGUGUUUCAGUUGAUUUAAAUAUUUGCAUCUAAUUUGAAAUAGCACAGAUGGUGUAUGAAUGAAUUGACUGUAAUCGUGGAAGUAAAUAAAUAUGAAAAAAUUAUCAAAU